AUGUUCUCCCAUCCUUUCGGCGUAUCCUGGCGCAAGGCACUUGUCAGCAUCCCGCGCCUCGUGCCAGAUUUUGUCCUACACUUCACUUCUCCGGACGGGCCUCACCCAAUCGUUUUCGACAUCCCUUCCCGAGGAUCCCACUUCAUCCCGGUCUACGUUUUUAUCCCACCUGUGCAUCAAUCGCACCGCUUCCACUUACAUUCCCCUGGUAAACAUCUCAGAGAAGCAGCCCAUCCCAAUCAAUCUCCGCACGGUGAGCACGUGAGGUUGCCGGUCUUGAUUGAUUUGCACGGCGGCGGCUUUAUUCUCGGCUCGUGCCAGGAGCAGGCGCCCUUCUGUGCGCAGAUGUGCCGCGAGCUGAAUUGUGUGGUGAUAUCAGUCGAUUAUCGUCUCGGUCCAGACGCGCAAUAUCCAGCGGCGAACUUGGAUGCGGAAGACGUGGUGCGUGCUGUUAUUGAGCCUCGCACCCAAGCAUAUAGGACACUUAGGGAUGGGAUCGAGCUGUGUCUAGUCAAGCAGGGUCGGGAUCCCGUUCACCUUGACGAGGAACGGAUCGCGUUCUCUGGAUUCAGCUCUGGGGGUAACCUCGCGCUGAAUUUGGUAUUGAGUGUCAAAGAUGAUCCCACCGUGAAUCGAGAUUGGCCCAGUCCUGUGCCCUGGCGUUUUAAGAACGAUAUCCCCGUCCUGUUAUUUUAUCCUAGCCUGGAUUGUCGACUUCUACCUGAUGAGAGACCGAGACCGGAAGGGCUAGAUCCUCCGUCAGGAUUUGUGCAGAGAUGGAAAAUCGAAAAGGAGUUGAUGCCGACUUACCUUCCCCCAGAGAAAAGAGGUCACCCGCGAGCCAGUCCGGGCCUGGCGAAUCUGAGACGGAAAGAUGGGGAGGAAUCAGGGCUGCAUCCCAAAGCCAAGAUGUUUCUGGUCUUGCCACAAUUUGAUUCCCUGAAUGAACAGAGCUUGAUUUGGAUCAAAAAGGUUCACGAUGAAGGAAGAGGGACCCAUCUGGUUGUGGAGGAGGUCGAGGGCGUUGGUCAUGGCUGGACACAAUUUCCCGAUGCGUGGAUCAGUGAUGAACAUCAGAAAUUGAAGGUUGAGACAUUCAAGAAGGCGAGGGAUUUCGUCGGGGCGUUGUGGUAUCCGGAGUGGAAAGAGGUUGAUAUUGAGGUCCUGCACAGGAGUCACGAGGAACAGAAAGAGGCCACUGAACCUUUGAUUCUGGGGUAA